AUGGGAAUGUGUGCGCUAAGACGGGCAGGCCUUAUGGGGACAGGGUUGACUAAGUCACUACUGGAGAAGAAGAGCAACACAUAUUCCCACCGACCCACAUCAUUGGUAUCCCACCUGAUCACCCAGAGCGAACAUCUCCUGGCCAUGAAGUGUAUAUGCAGUGAUGGCGCUUAUUACGUAAACAAUACUUCAAUGCUUCAUGGAACUUCGCUGCGAGCUUGA